AUGGCGAAAAAGGGCGCGACCAAGGACGUCUACUCGGUGAUUCUGCCCACCUUCAACGAGCGCCAGAACCUCCCUAUCAUCACCUGGCUGCUGCAGCGAACCUUUUCGGAGAACAACCUCGACUGGGAACUCAUCAUCGUCGACGACGGCUCUCCCGACGGCACCCAAGACGUCGCGAACCAGCUCGUCAAAGCCUACUCCCCCCAUGUCCAACUCAAGCCCCGAACAGGCAAGCUCGGCCUGGGCACGGCAUACGUUCACGGUCUGCAGUUCGCCAAGGGCAACUUCAUCAUCAUCAUGGACGCCGACUUCAGCCACCACCCCAAGUUCAUCCCGCAAAUGAUCGCGCUGCAAAAGGCGCACGACUACGACAUCGUCACAGGAACGCGAUACGCCAGCGGCGGCGGCGUGUUCGGCUGGGACCUGAAGCGGAAGCUGACCAGCAAGGGGGCCAACAUCUUCGCUGACACGGUGCUGCGGCCGGGCGUGAGCGACCUCACGGGCAGCUUCCGCCUGUACAAGAGAGCGGCUUUAGAGAAGCUGUUCGAGACCACGGACGUGCGCGGGUUUAGCAUGCAGAUGGCGUUGGCAGUGACGGCCAAAGCGAUGGGCAUGACGAUUGGCGAAGUCCCAAUAACCUUCGUCGACCGAGUUUAUGGAGAUAGUAAGCUCGGAGGAGAAGAAAUAGUGGAGUAUGCCAAGGGUGUGAUCUCUCUGUGGGCGAGGGUGUAG